GGAUCUCAGGCUUUUGCAUGCCAUCUGCGCGCGCUGGCAACCAGGCCGGUGUCGGCCUCCCGGCGCCCUGAGAGCUCGGGCGUGCUCCAGCGUGGGGCGGGGGCGAGACCGCGCCCUCGAGCUCAGCCCCGCCUCUUCAUUGUCCUGCUCCCCUCUCCAACCCCCCCCCCCACGCAUUGGCCCGCCCCUAGUUUUGGCUCACUCUUUCUUGGGCAGACCGGAACCUGCCCUCUCCAGGGACUCCCGCCGUCUUCCUGGCUGAGUGGAUCCUGGCACCCUUGGAGGGGUGGCCCCCGAAGAGUUCCUACUGGACUCAGAAAAGCAGUCCUCUGGCUCUUCAGCUCAGCGCCGUGUACGACUCCCCUUCACCAAGAAGCCCAGCAGGCAGUGCCUGGCAAAGCCAUGCUCUACAACGUCAGCCACAGCAAAGGUGUGGUCCAUGCAGAUACCGCCCUGAAUGAGCAUGAUAGGGACAGGGAAAGCGUGUGGGCAGGAGUUGAAGGAGCCCUGGCUCCCAAUACCUCCUCACUAUUUCCCCCUGAGCCUCCAGGGGCCUCAAGCAACAUCAUUCCUGUCUACUGUGCUCUCCUAGCUACUGUGGUCCUUGGUUUGCUUGCCUAUGUGGCCUUCAAAUGUUGGCGCUCACAUAAGCAAAGACAACAGUUGGCCAAAGCUCGGACUGUAGAGCUUGGGGACCCUGACAGGGACCAGAGGCAUGGUGACAGUGUCUUCGUGGACUCUCCCCAUUGUCUGGAGCCCUGUAUCCCCAGCCAGGGACCACAUCCUGACCCCGGUUGCCGACUUUACCUGCAUAUUCCACAGCAGCUGCAGCAGGAGGUCGAGCGGCUCUUGAUGUUGGGUGAACCCGCCAAGGGCUGGCAGGGGCUGGCAGGCCAGCUGGGCUACCAAGCUGAGGCUGUGGAUACCAUAGCUCAUGGCCAGGCACCAGCCUAUACCCUGCUAAGGGACUGGGCUGUCCAAGAAGGAAGCAGAGCCACCCUCAGAGCGCUAGAGGAUGCCCUGGCUGCCAUAGGCAGAGAAGAUGUGGUCCAGGUUUUGAGCUCACCAGCUGAGGGCUGCUCUGUGGUGUGAGUGACAUCUCCCAGUGCUGCCCGCACUGGCACUCCUUACCAUUCUUACCGCCUCAGUCCAAGAAGGACUUCUGGCUUCAGCCGCUUCAUGUCCCUUCACCCUCCUCUCCCAGCCAGGAAGCAGAGUAUGAGGGGAUGGGUAAGAGGGGGCCAGCUCUGCCCAUAGACCCCUGUUCUGCCUGUUUAGCUCCAGCUAUUUUUUAAAAUCACAUAUUAAAGGCAACU